AUGCAUGAAUAUCACGGAAGACAUCUCGAGAAUUACAUUCUCACUCUGUUUUCAACGGUUGCCUCAAUCUAUCGUCAUCCUUCGCUACGUGCAGCCAUCAAUAUCGUCGUCGUGCGAAUCCUCAUUCUCCAGCAUGAAUACGGAAGUCCUCGAAUCACGAACAAUGCUCAGGAAAGUCUGCAAAAUUUCUGCCGAUGGCAAACGGCAUUCAAUGAACGAGCUGACGAUAGCCCGAAUCAUCAUGAUGUUGCUGUGUUGCUUACGAGGAAUGAUAUUUGCAGAGGACCUGGCAAAUGUGACACGUUGGGAUUGGCCGAGUUGGGAACGAUGUGCGAUUGGGAGAAAAGUUGCGCGAUUAUUGAGGACAAUGGACUAUCAGCUGCUUUCACAAUCGCUCACGAAUUGGCACAUCUCUUCAACAUGCCACACGAUGACGAGAGGAAAUGCGGUGAAUGGAUGCCGCUUACAAAGGCAAAUUUCCACAUUAUGGCUCCAACUCUCGAGUACAAUACACAUCCAUGGAGCUGGUCAGCUUGUUCAGCGGCGAUGCUUGAGCGUUUUCUAGAACGACGCAGUGGAACAGAAUGUCUCUUCGAUGAGCCAAUCGAGCGUCGUUUUUACGAUGAAAUGUUUGAAAUGGAUCCGCCUGGCUCAAAAUAUGAUGUCAAUCAACAAUGCAAAUUUGUCUUCGGUCCACAUGCUGAAUUGUGUCCAUAUAUGCCCUCAUGUCGCCGUCUCUGGUGUUCUCUUCAUGUUGGAGUGCAAAUUGGAUGUCGAACACAGCAUAUGCCGUGGGCUGAUGGAACGCCGUGCGAUAAAAGUGGGAAUAUGUUCUGCCAUCGGGGCCAAUGCGUUGGUAUGACGGCGUCUCGUCGCCGAAAGAUCGAUGGUGGAUGGGGUGAAUGGGGAGAAUGGGGAGAAUGCUCAAGGACAUGCGGAGGAGGAGUGCAAAAAGCAUCCAGACAUUGCGAUUCACCGAAGCCAUCAAAUGGCGGAAAGUACUGUGUGGGGAUUCGAGAGCAAUAUCGUUCGUGCAAUGUCGGUGAAUGUCCAUGGGAUACACCCGGUUUCCGAGAAGUUCAGUGUUCCGAGUUCAACAACAAGGAUGUUGGCAUUCACGGAGUGCCGGCCACUGUGCAAUGGGUUCCAAAAUUCGAGGUAGCUGCGAAUGAACGAUGCAAAUUGUAUUGUAGGGUGUCUGGAGUAUCCGCCUUCUAUCUACUCAAGAAUAAAGUGACCGAUGGAACGCCGUGCGAUCAAAACGGGAACGAUCUCUGUGUUGACGGCACGUGUCGGAGUGCUGGUUGUGAUCACGUGCUUGACUCUGGGAUGAAACGAGAUCGUUGUGGGAUUUGUGGCGGUGACGGAAGUGGAUGUCGAGUGGUGAAAGGACAAUACAACGAGCGGGGAUCUUUUGGAUAUAAUGAGGUGAUGAAAAUCCCGGCAGGCUCGGCGAAUAUCGACAUUCGACAACACGGAUGGGCUGGAGCGAAAGAUGACGAUAAUUAUCUAUCGCUGAGAAGUGCAUCCGGAGAAUACCUCUUGAAUGGCCACUAUCAAGUAUCUGUUUUUCGGCUGCAAAUCCCGGUACAAGAUGUCGUUUUGGAGUACUCGGGAAGUGAUAAUGUCGUUGAGAGAAUCAAUGGAACGGGACCGUUAAGAUCCGACAUCUAUGUGCACGUUCUAUCCGUGGGAAAUCUCAAUCCACCGGAUAUCCAAUACGAAUUCAUGACCACCCUUCCAACAACAACAAUUCUCCGAACUCCAAACUCUGCUCACUCCUCAGCUCCAGCUCGUCAUCCAACUACCGGACACGCUUUUUGGCGUCUCGCCGAUCAAUGGACAGCUUGUAAUAGACAAUGCAAAGGUGAACAACAACAUUCUUACGUUUGCAUUGAUGGAUCGACGAAUCGACAAACAAAUGAGAGAAAUUGUCUCUUGAUUCGACCCUCUCCGCCACCACAAAGAAGACCGUGCAAUACAGGAUGUACAGUCAAAUGGCAAAUUGAUGACGUGUCGGAAUGUUCGGUGAAGUGCGGCAGUGGAGAGAAAAGAGUUCGCGUGACUUGUGUUCGAGUCGAGGAUGCUGAUCUUCGUCGAUCAGUUCCAAUGAAUGAUCGUGAGUGUGAGAGUCUUGGCGGUAGACCAUCCGAGAGAAUGGCUUGUUUCGUUGAUUGUACAGGAAAAGGCGGACAUUGGACAUAUUCACAAUGGACUGAGUGCUCAGCUUCUUGUGGGGAGUCGGGGAUGUCGAGAAGAUCCGCUUAUUGUACAGAUCAAUCCGGGAGAUCGCUCGAUAGUCUGCAAUGUGAUUUGAGAAGCAAAGACAUCACCGAGAAGCCAUGCAAUCGAAUGAGCUGUCCGCGAUGGAGUUACGGACCUUGGAGUGAAUGUUCAAAAUCGUGUGACGGUGGUCUGCGACGUCGUCAAGCCACUUGUGUUGACGCAGAGGAUCGAGAGUUGCCGUUCAAUCGAUGCAAUAUCAUGUCACGGCUAGACUACGAGAAAUGCAAUGAAGAGGAGUGUGUUUGGUGGGAAUUCGGUGAAUGGGGAGUGUGCAAUGGAGAAUGCGGAAAGGGGACAGCACAAAGGACAGCGACGUGCAGAUCAAGGAGGGGAUUGCUGGAUGACGCUCGUUGUGACAUUCGCGAACGGAUUACCUCAAAGGAAUGCGAUACGGGAAGAGCUUGCGCGAAUUGGAAAACCACCGAGUGGACAGCUUGCUCGAAUCGUUGUGGUGAGCAAUGGUCAACGCGACGCGUCGAGUGUACAGAUUCAGAUGGAAGAUCGCUUAAAGAAGAAGAAUGUGUUCGAAGGGUUGGCCCUCGUCCGGACACUCAUCGAGAAUGUGCACCCGGACCUUGUCCAUUCUGGAGAACAUCACAGUUUGGACCGUGCUCUGUCUCGUGUGGACGAGGCAUUCGAUCAAGAGAGAUUGCAUGUGUUGUUCGAGAUGAGAUUGUUGAUGAUUCAUUUUGUACAGCUCCACGGCCGGACAUUGUUGAACAGUGCACUGUUGUCGAAUGCGCUGAAUGGGUCCCAUCCUCGUGGUCAACAUGUUCAGUGACUUGUGGAUCCGGAAAUCAAACACGAACCCUAACUUGUCUCCAAAAUGGAAACACCGUUCACGAGACAAUGUGUGAUUUGAAAGCGAAACCGAAAAAAUGGAAGCAAUGUUCGCGAGAUUCGUGUCCAUUAAGGCCAUCAAUUGAUUCACAAAAAGAGCCACCACAAAUAUGGUGGGCAACUGGAUCAUGGACUGAAUGCUCAGCACAAUGCGGGAAAGGGACACAAAGGCGAUUGGUGAAAUGUCGAGACAAAUUCCGUGAUCUUCCGGAGAAUUAUUGUGGGCAUUUGGAAAAAGUCGAGGCGGAGAAGAGUUGCGAGUUGAAGCCAUGUGUGAAAUGGGUGGAAGGAUCGUGGAAAGCGUGUCCAUCCACUUGCGGCGAGCUCGUCUAUCAGGAACGAGAGAUUCGUUGUGUGACGGUGGAGGGAGCACGAGACGUCACACAGGCGUUCUGCGAUCCGACGAAUAAACCAAACACGACAAGGGAUUGUCACCUUCCAAAAUGUCCUCAAGCCGAGCCACCGAUGGGCGUUUGGAUUACAAGGCCAUGGGCACAGUGUUCGGUGUCGUGUGGUGGCGGCUGGAGGACAAGAUCGAUCGACUGUUCCACUCAACUCUGCGAUGUUACAAAGAAGCCGAAAGAUUCAGAGCCAUGCGGAGAAGAAAACUGCUUAACGAAUAUCCCGUUCACGUGGCAGAUCCCGCCAUGGACACAGUGUUCGGUCACUUGUGGAGAGGGUGAACAGCGGAGAGAAGUUUGGUGUGAAGAAGACUCGACCAGGAUAAAGGUGCCUGACUCCCGCUGUCCUCUACCAAAACCGUUAGAGAAGAAAAAAUGCAAUCAAUCAGCCUGCUCAUCAAAUCAAACCACAUCAAAUCGGGUCACUUUGGAAGAAACAUUGAAAGAAAAAGGACGAUGGCAGACAGGGACAUGGAGUGCGUGCUCGACCACUUGUGGAAAAGGUUCACGAAGGCGUUCAAUCUCUUGUCUUUCUUCGAUCACUAAUCAAACCAUCACCGAAUCACGAUGUGAUCUCAAAUCAAAACCGAUUUUCACAAUUCGUUGUCGUCUCCGGCAUUGCCCACGAUGGAAAGCUUUGCAAUGGGAGCAGUGUUCGGCUACAUGUGGAGAAGGCAUUCAGACACGAAAAAUUCUCUGUCAAAUCGGAAGAAAGCGAAAUGUCGACGAGAAACAAUGUUCCGACUUGCGUCGACCGGCGAACAGCACAAAAUGUCAAGUGGCAGCGUGCCCGGUUUACACUUGGACAACGACACCAUGGAGUAAAUGUAUCGAUCCAUGUGGUCAAGGAGAGCAAACUCGCAUGGUUCAUUGCAUGAAAGACGGUGAAGUGCGAGCCGCGUCACGAAUGUGCGCAAUCAUUCCCCGUCCGGUCGAGUCGAGGAAAUGCUCAUCGCAAUUGUGUCCAUACGAAUGGGUGCCCGCUCCAUGGAAUACGUGCUCGAAAACAUGUGGUAACGGGACUCAAUCAAGAUCAGUGGAAUGUCGCCUUAAAUCCACCCAUGCCUACUCAUCAUCAAGCAAUAAACCAAAGUUGGAGCCAGUUGUGCCUCGAGAGAAAUGCGGUCGUUUACACCAACCGGUGGCCUUUCAGGAUUGUAAUUUGAAUGCAUGCGAUGCUGAGUUCACAUGGGUUGCUGAACCGUGGGGAUCUUGCUCUACAACGUGUGGUGCUGGAGUGAGGCGUCGAAAAGUUCGCUGUGUGGGAAGAGGUGGAGCAAGAGUGGCUCGAUCGUUUUGUGAAAGUCUGACAGCAAGACCGAAUAGGACACAGCCAUGUUUCACAAGGAAUUGUCUCCCGUCGACUUGUCAAGAGAUUCGCUCACAAAUGACUACCACGCAUGCGAUCGAUGCAGAGUAUACGGUGCUAUUGGAUGGAUACCCAAUUCGAGUGCAUUGUCAUCGAAUGAACGAGACAAUUCCGCGAGCUUAUCUCAACGUCGAUCCGGAGACCAAUUUUGCUGAGAUUUAUGGGAGAAGACUAAUCUUCCCACAUACAUGUCCAUACAAUGGAGAGAGAAAUGAUUCGUGUGAAUGUUCAUCCGAAGGAGCUGCCGGUGCUGGUUUCACUCGUUUCAAGCGAGUUCGUCUCGAUCUUUUGAACAGAAGAAUAAACAUCAACGAUUUCACAUUCGCUCAAACUGAACACGGUUUGCCGGUUCCAUUCGCGACGGCUGGCGAUUGCUACAGUAUGCGAGAUUGUCCACAGGGUCGUUUCUCAGUGAAUCUCCGCGGGAGUGGCUUGAGGAUAGCGGAGGAUUUGCAAUGGGAAGAUAGAGGACAUCGGACAUCGAGUAGAAUUGAUCGCACAUAUAACAAUGCUCGCAUCGAGGGUCAAUGCGGUGGUUAUUGUGGGAAAUGUGCUCCCGAUAAAUUCAAGGGUCUCGUCUUUGAGGUCGAUCCACAACAAAAACCCUAUUCU